CAAUUAGCGGAACUCUGCUGGAAUACUGAUCGGAAAACUCUGGCUUUGGCCACACCACCGCGCCGCGUUCCGGACAAAGAAACUUGGACUCAGACCCACGCUGCCGCAGUGUGUGGAUGUGUGUGAGUGUUUAAUUUUAGGCUGCUGUGUGCCUUUGAGUCAGCAAACAUCUUGCAGUGUGAGCACGAGGCUCGUAUGAGGAUGAGAGCCGUAACUCUGCUGUGUCUCCUGAUGGUAAUGGAGGUCGGAGCCUUUCGAUUUGUCCGUGACUCCCAGGGCGGACCUGAAGCUUCAGAACCCUCCAAGAGCAACGCCUCCCUCCCGCUGCCACCCCCACCGCUGGGCCGACCAAGGGGCUCCUUCCCCCCCAUGUGCUUAAAGCCCACGGAGAUCAAGCACGCCUUCAAGUAUGUGAACACCAUCGUGUCCUGCCUGAUCUUUGUGGUGGGGAUCAUCGGCAACUCAACACUGCUCAGGAUCAUAUAUAAAAACAAGUGUAUGAGGAAUGGGCCAAAUGUCCUGAUUGGCAGCCUGGCACUGGGGGACCUGCUUUAUAUUAUCAUCGCCAUCCCCAUCAAUGUGUUUAAGCUAAUAGGUGAGGAUUGGCCAUUCGGCGUGUACAUCUGUAAGUUGGUGCCAUUCAUCCAGAAAGCUUCAGUGGGAAUCACUGUCCUCAGUCUGUGCGCCCUCAGUAUUGACCGCUACCAUGCAGUGACAUCAUGGAGCAGGGUGAAGGGGAUGGGGAUCCCUCUGUGGAAAGCAGUGGAGGUGACUCUGAUCUGGCUGGUGGCUGUGGUGCUGGCAGUCCCUGAGGCGCUGGCAUUCGACAUGUUGGAGAUUCCAUACAGAGGCAACAAGCUGCGCGUCUGCCUGCUGCACCCAGAACAGACCACCAGCUUUAUGAAGCUCUACCAGAAUGUCAAAGAUUGGUGGCUGUUUGGCUUCUAUUUCUGCUUCCCACUGGCCUGCACAGGAAUCUUCUACACACUCAUGUCCUGUGAGAUGCUCAGUCGCAAAAAAGGCAUGCGCAUCGCACUCAACGACCACAUGAAACAGCGGAGGGAAGUAGCGAAGACGGUGUUCUGCCUGGUGUUGAUUUUUGCUCUCUGCUGGCUGCCCCUUCAUCUCAGCCGUAUUUUGAAGAAAACAACCUAUGAUCAAAACGACCCCAACCGCUGUGAACUGCUCAGCUUCCUGUUAGUGAUGGAUUACAUCGGCAUCAACAUGGCCUCCCUAAACUCCUGCAUUAACCCAAUUGCCCUCUAUUUUGUCAGCCAGAAGUUUAAAAACUGCUUCCAGUCUUGCCUGUGCUGUUGGUGCUACAGAACAUCCCCCCUGGACGAACGAGGUUCAGGAGGACGCUGGAAGGGCUCUUGCCACGGGAAUGGACUAGACCGCUCAAGCUCCCGCUCCAGCUCCCGCUCGAGUCAGAAAUACACAAGCUCUUCAUAAAUUCACACACACACACACACACACACACACACACACACACACACACACACACACACACACACACACACACACACACACACACACGCACAUCACAUACCUCUUCUGCCAAACCCAUGUUCCCAUCAGCUCCCGUUAUGGAGAAACAGCGUCGUCACUGCCAGCAGACCGGUGAUAAUAUCCAAGUGAGGAGUGAAAAAUGAAGCGAGCUAGAAGUCACUUCUACAGGACUCAUGGCAGACUGAAAGACUCUGACAUAAAAGGAUUGACAAACUGAUGAAUGAAAUAACAGGACUGUACCUAUUCAGGCUUUAGUACUAACAGCAAAAACUAUGAAACCAAGGCUACAUAAAUCUGUUUAUACUCCGACGCUGAGGCUUGUGUAGAGGACUAAAAGUCUCUUAGGGGACCAUUAUGGUAAAUACAUUUAUAGAGAAUGUUUAUUCAAGCCACGUUUAAUUUUAUGUACAGUAUUAUUUACAUGCAGAUUUUAGGCUUAUGAUCAUAUCUAGCCUCAGUGCGUCAUGUAUGAAUACCAGCACUGAUGAGUACUGCCUGUUGAAGAUUUCAUACCUCACAGGGAAAGAUAGAGGGAAACUGUGACCCUGAGUUAUUUUCCAAAAAAACCUCAAAAAAAUUCAAGUCUUUUUACAAGAAGUGCACAAGUGCAUGUACGGGAUCAGCAGCUGAUUAACUGACAGUCAAGUGCACGUUGUCACUGCUUGACACCCAUGUGCCCUGGUGACAUCACACCCGAGGAAAAUGAGCCCCACUGUGGGUCUCACAGUCAUGUGGAGAGUCGACCGUCGGUGAUCAUCACUGCCUUAAGUCAUGUGGAGGGCAUCUGUUGUCCGACAAGACUGAAAAGUACCAGAUUAUUCCCAUCAGGCCGCACAAAGAGGUCAUUAUUAGCACUAUCAUUAUUGCAUUACUCAUGCUUUUUGUAAGUGGUCUCCACUGUGUAUAAAGUCUGAAUUUGUCUCUUACAAUGCAGCUUCUAUUUUUCUACGAAAAUGUCACAAAAUAGGUAAAGCUUGUUUCAUCUUCCAACAUUAGGUGUUCAUUUAUUAUUUCCAAACAUUUCAUCUCCAUCAGCGAGUGGCAAUGUUACAUAAAUGUUCCUGUGGCUUGAAAUUACUCGGACAGUUACUACUAAGAGCUGCUUAAGGAAUAUAUUAUCUAUAAUGGACACAUUAUAAAGCUUUAGGAAGGAAAAAGAGAUUUUGUACAGCUGGAUGUCUUUAAGAAGUGAAUGUUUUUAGCAGAUAUUACAUUUCUUUAAUGAUCAUAGAAAUUAUUUUGAAAUAUUAGUACUUUCCAUUCAAUAUAGGUACCAGAAAAAUCCAGGUCAAAUUCAGGAUCUCCAUCUGAUUUAAUGUGGUUAAUUGACAUAAUCUGUGAAUGAGAAAUGCAGGCUAAAGAAUUCUCAUAAUGAGAAAUGAAGGAUGCGGGGUGCAACACAGUACGAGAAUGUGUUCCUAAUAUCUUAUGAUAACUUUAGUGUCUGUAGCUAGAGCUAGAUGCAAGCACUUACUAGUCACACACUUGUAACAAAUCUUGUGAUGCCAGCACAUCAAGAAAAUACUAUUUACACAAUUUCUGGCUCUUUAAAAAGUCAGAUAUGAGGAGAAACUGCAGUUUGUGCCUGACAGGAAGUCUCCAGUCCAUCAGAGGGGAUGCAUGGAUUGUGUAUUCAUAGUAUUAUCAUUUGGGAAAACCUGAGUGUUACAGUUUAUUGUAAGCAAACUUUAAACUUAAAUGAAUCAAAGAUUUUUAACACUGGCAGUAUUGAUAGCACAUAUUGGUGAUACAUGCACAAGAUGAAACCAUUUUAUCUGGUGCUUGUUUUGCUCUCAGUGCAUUGUGACUAAGAUAUUAUGUUAGAAAUCUCACGUAUUCCGUUUUCUUUAGCAAGUUAGUAAGCCCAUGUGCCCUCUUUUAAAACCUAAUUUCUGCUAAGCAAUCAGACAAUGCGUUUAAUCACACUGAAGCAUUUUUAAAUAGGCAGGAUUUAUGUGUAACAUUUCAAUGUUUGGACAAAAUAUUUCCUUUGCCACUGUAUUGGAGUUGCAACAGCACUCAAAUCAGCUGAUCAUAUAGUAUGUGACUCUUUAAGUCACCGUAUCCAUUCGUGCCGUCUUCCCCCUGCAACUGUGUGCAUGAAGGUCUGAGAAACUUUGGGAGCAUCUUUAUAGAGGGACUACCAAGCGAAGACAAAAAGUAUUUUGAGGUUUAAGAUAAAAUGUGAAUAUUAGCCCUGGGGUUUUGAAUUACAUUUAUACUGUACUUAUUUGUUGAGAGUAUGCAAAAAUAAAUAUUAUUUUAUAGCAUUUGUGUUAUUUGAGUUAUUUACUGACCAAGUAGCAAAUACAUGGUGCAUGGAUAUAAGGGUGUUCGUGGUCACUAGUGACGCAGUCUAUAGUUGCUGACAUAAUAUUACACGUUGCACAUCUGCUCAUAUUAAGUAGGGUAUUUGGAAAGUAGUUUUCAUUGAGUUGACUCAUGU